AUGACAACUCAUCAGGCUGCCGUGUGUCUGGCAAAAGGCUCUCCCUUCGUCAUCCAGUCCCGCCCUACACCCAAGCCAGGUCCCGGAGAGCUCCUCAUUCAAGUCAAAUCGGUGGCAUUGAACCCAGCAGACGCCAUCAUGCGAGACCAAGGUCUACUGGUAUCGACAUAUCCCACUGUGACCGGCUUUGACAUGGCGGGUCUGGUCCUUGAAGUGGGCGAGAAUGUCCCCUGGGAUCCCUUCGAUACUGGCCGGGAGAAUAAUGAUCCUUUCUUCCAACCGGGAGUAACUCGAGUUGCUGCGUAUGCUGCAUCCUUUUGGAGAUCCUCCUGUCCAGACUAUGGCGCCUUUCAAGAGAAAUGUCUCGUUCCUUGGCAGCAUGUCAUACCAAUUUCCAAUGCAGACAUCUCUUGGAACCAAGCAGCUACCUUGCCGGUAGCUGCACAGGUCCCUCUCAGUGCAUGGGAUGCUAUGGGUAUUGAACGUCUGGACGAGACUCUUUCCUCCCCUUUGGCAUCGCCAACACCUGUCUCGAGCGAUUUGGGGCGGAAGCGAGAAGUCCUUCUGAUUUGGGGUGCCUCUUCGAGUGUUGGGACAAUGGGUGUGCAGAGCGCGCGACUACUUCGAGACAACCCUUACUCUCCUUUCGCUGCCGUGUACGCUGUAGCGAGUACACCGAAUCAUGCGUAUCUGCACUCCCUUGGUGCAGAUCGCUGCUUCGACUACAAGGAUUCGGGUUGUGUAGAUGCACUGAUUGGGACAGCAAAGAAGGAGAAUCUCGUUAUUCGUCGCUGUUUUCUGGCUAUGGGGGAAUUGGCCCCCUGUCAAGCUGUUUUGAAAGCUUUUUUGGUGGAUUCCCAUGGGUCUUCUCAGGGAGGUGUCUCUGGUGUGAAAAUCGCAUCGGCUCCUAGGGUUCCUCCAGACGCUGAGAAGGUGCCAGGUAUGGAAAUCAUCUUCGUGAUGCCCGCAAUGUCAGAGGAGCAGAGGUUAGCGGAAUUCCGAUACUGGAUGGGGUCGUGGGCAAGAACGAAUCUAGCCAGCGGUGCCAUUCGGCCAAGUCCGCAACCCAAAGUGAUAGGCUUUGGGUUAAAUGCGGUCAAUGCAGGGCUGGACGAACUGAUCCAAGGGGUGAGCUGUUCAAAGCUCGUGAUCGAAGUUGGAAAGUGA